AUGCUGAAGUACCUGGAGGUGAAGAGGUCGAGUGGGUCGGAAACGGACCAGUCGGAAGGGAGUGAAGCGGCGGGAAGCUACUCCCUGGAGGAGCUGAAGACGAAGAUGGAGGCGGCGCAGAAGAAGCACUUCGGCUAUAAAAAUCUGAAGGGUUUCCAAAUCGAAGCGGUGCACGCAGUAUUCCACAAGAGAGACAGCUUAAUCGUGAUGGCCACGGGGAUGGGGAAGUCGCUAUGCUACCAGAUCCCCUCCCUUAUGGAAGAAGCCAAAAACAAAUUCACCAUGGUAAUAUCACCCCUUAUAUCUCUAAUGACAGAUCAGGUGGAUAAUCUGAAUAGGAAGAGAAUCUCCUCCAUUUUUUUAGGAAGCGGACAAAAGAUAAGUAAAGAUCAAGUGUUAACACAGGUGAAGCAUGGCAUGUACAAGAUAGUGUAUUGCAGUCCAGAGUAUGCACUGAAUAAUAAGCAGCUCUUUCUAAUGUUAAGGAGGAGGAUCCUACUGGUAGCCAUUGACGAAGUGCACUGCAUGUCGGAGUGGGGACAUGACUUUAGACCCUCGUACAGAAAACUACACGAAUUGAGGGACGUUUUAGUGGGAACCCCCUUUAUGGGGUUAACAGCAACGUGCACAGGAGAGGUCCAAAGAGAUAUCCUAAAAAAUCUAAAAUUCGAUUUGAAGAAAUGUCUUAUCAAAACGAGUAGCGUUAAUAAGAGGAACCUUUUCUACUGCGUUCGGGAGAAGACAAAUCUACUUAACGAUCUGAGAGAUGUGUUGGACAUCCCAUCUACCAAAUCUUUGCAGAGAACGAAGCGGUUUAUUGAUAACUCGAAAAUAUGCCCCUACAAUUCUACCCUUAUUUAUGUGAAUUCGAAGAAGGAAUGCGAGAGUAUCUUUUCCUUUCUGAGAGAGAAGGGACUGCUCGUCCGAAUGUACCAUGCGGAUUUGUCUAAUGAUGAGAAGAAGGAGGCACAUGAGAAGUUUUUAAAGGACGAAGUGCAGAUAAUCGUGGCGACGGUAGCAUUUGGCAUGGGCAUCGACAAACCGGAUAUUAGGAGGAUCGUCCACUAUGGCUUUUCCCGGUCUUUGGAGGCCUACGUGCAGCAGGUGGGAAGGGCUGGUCGAGACAACAGCAAUGCGGAGGCUAUUCUUUUCUUUCACAUAAAUGACGAAUCGAAGAUAAAAAAUCUGCUCCUAAGAGAAAACAUUGCCAAUAACUUAAUCGAAACCAACUUCCAACGCGUCGAGCAUAUCAUAAGCAUGUUCACGGAGGCAUCCGACUAUGCUUACUCCACCAUCUGUCGGAGGAAAAAGAUAUAUGACUAUUUUGAUGAGACGCCGGAGACAUGCACCGAUGUGGACGUCUUCAACUGCGAGGAUAACUGCGGCGUCUGCUUUUAUGUGAAGAAGUACGACAUGUACCUUUGUGCCAACUGCGACAAUUGUGCUUAUUAUUUGGGGGAGAUUCGCGGGGCAACCAAAAAGAUGAUCAGGGGAACAAGCAUCGGGGGAACAAACAUGGGAGGUAUAAACCCCCUCGACGUGAGUGCAGGCCCCUCGAAGAGGCAAUCCCGCACAGACUCAACCUCUCUGCUGAAGAGGGACUCGCGUAAUGGGCUGACUGCUACUCUUCCUAGGAGGAACAGCACCCCCCACGCAGUCCCCACCGGCCAAGGAAUAGACCUCUCCACGGAACUGAAAACGUUACUCAGCUGCAUUUCCUCCCUUAAGGGAAGAACCGGAGUAGGAGUCAUCUGCAAAGUGCUCGUAAAAAGCAAAGAAGCAUCCAUAAUUAAAAAAGGCUACCACAACAUUAAAGAAUAUGGCGAUGGUGCACACAAAAGCACCAGCUGGUGGUCCGCUUUUCUGAAAGUGGCAAGAAAUGACAAAUACGUGAAGGAGACGUUAGUCUAUAGUAAGGAUGUAAGCUACCUCAGUGUAGGCGUAACGCCAAAGGGGGAGGAGUUUAUUAACGCUUCUGAGCAAAGGUACAACGUCAGAUUGCCCUUCUUUCUGAUGGACAGGGAGAAGAAGGAAAAGCCUGUCAAAGGAGCGAAGAAGGCCAAUGGAUUCAGAAGUGCAAAUGAGCCCUUUGAUUAUACAAAUGAGGAGAGGGCUAGUCAGCGGAACAGAGGCGGCACCUUCGGGACGGACUUCACCCACAGGGAAAGAAGAAACAAUCUACGCAGGGAAGAAAACCAGUUGGAAGGAGAACCCCUUUCCCCUCUCUUGACAGCUACCCACCGUAGUUCCUCCCACCAGGCCGAAGGAGUUUACCCGAUAGAGAAAGCCAGCGUCGAAAGGAACAACACUAUUCCGGAUAACAAAUAUGGAUACUUCAACACGGACAAGAAUCAAUGUCACAGGGAACAUCAGUACAGGGAGGAAAAACUAACGGAAGAGAAAAUAAAUGACUCUAUUAUGAAAAUCUUACUUAGGACAAGAAUCAUAGAAGCCAGACAACAGAACAUCCCCCCCUUUCAGUUAAUAUCGGACAAGCCAUUAAAAGACAUAUGCCACAAACGACUCAACUCGGUGCACCUGAUUAGAAAGCACGUUGAUAAUAUUUCCCCCGUUUGUCCUAACUCCUUUUUGGAAAAGCUCAUUUCAGGCAUCCGAGGUUUUUGCCUGCUACACGACUUAGAUAUGAAUAUAAAUCUCAACACAGCUAGCCAAAAUGUGGGUUCAACUGAACCCGUCGAUAGAAGCAUGUCCAGUCUGAACAAGUUUUCCAACCUAAUUUCGUCCUUUCAAUAUGACCACAAGGGGCGAAAGCUUGGGGAAGACUCCUCCUUCCAGGGCGCCCCCUCGAGGGAGAUAAGAAGUGGUCCUUAUCCAGAUGGGGGGAUAGGCAAUAGUCUCGCCGACAGCGGCAUUCCCCAGGGGGGCAUUCCCCACGGAGAAGUUGUUCAUAGCGGAGUUACCCACGGAGGAGCUACCCACAAAGGCAUUACCGACGCCGGAGUUGUCCGCCACUGCGCGCACGGGGAGGAAGAGACGUCCUCCUUCCGAAGUAGACACUUUAAUGGUGGCGACAAGACGGAGAUGAAAAUGGGCAUCAGUGGUAAUGGAACUUGUCACCCCCACGGCGAAAGGAACCAUACCACUGGGGAGCUCAUAGGAGGGGUGAAGCCGCUCCUCGACUGUGAGACAAACCACCCGCACAGCGAUGCCAUCGAGAAAAACCGUAGACCAAAGGAAACCACGUUGAGCCCCUUUUGCACCACUGCGGACGCGACCAGCCCGCUGCACCAUUUUAGCGGAAACGACAAAAACAGGCUGAUGGAUUUUUUCGACGACGAUUUUAAAUUUGUAAAAGAGGCCAACCAAUUGGCGGCAAACCAGUCGAAGGAUAACCACUUGGAUGCCAACCGAGACCAUUUGCUCGUGGAUAGGAAAAAGGUACGACAAGCUCCCCUCGACUUGUCCAACUAUACCUUCCAAGAUGGGGUGUGCAGAGGGAGUCACACAGCGCAACCCAUGCAGAUCCCCCACGAAGCGGCCAAGCCAAGUGAACGAACAAUUUGUCCAAACCGAAUUGAUACCAUCACCCGUUUGAGCACCCCGGGGGAAUAUGCAAACGGAGGUGCACGGACAGGCCCAAGUGCGCAGGAAUCACCCCCAGGUGACCCCUUCAUAGAAACAUUCCACAUUAGGAAAACCAUGGGGGAGAAUCACGUCGAUGUCUUAAAUGACAAAAAAAAAAAAUUAGAUUUGAUCGAUUCGUUUUCAUAUGACUAUAAAAAAAAACAGGACGAAGAUAGCCUGGGAGGGCUCCACGGCGGCCACGAUGGCGCUUCGUCCUUUCAGGACUUAAAGCGACGAAGAUUUUAA